GGCGCUGCGGGGUCGUGGUUCACUCCGGGCUCAGGCAAGCCGGGGGGUGGCCUGGGGAAAACACCUGGGCAGGUGUGGGCGGAGUCUGAGGGGGCGGGCCUAGGCCUGGCCCACGGGCGCUCCUGGUUGUGCCUCCUGGAGAUGCUGGCUUUAUGAAGUCAGGAGAAGAGGAGCGUCCCCAGGCCCGGCACACGCCAGCUGCGACCCUUCGGAUCUGAGAGAACUCUGCAGACUGCCAAGUCCCCUCCUCACCAUGGCGCCUGGAGAGAAGAUCAAAGCCAAAAUCAAAAAGAAUCUGCCGGUUCGAGGCCCCCAGGCACCAACCAUCAAGGACCUGAUGCAUUGGUAUUGCCUGAACACCAACACCCACGGCUGCCGCCGCAUUGUGGUGUCCCGAGGCCGCCUUCGGCGCCUGCUGUGGAUCCUGUUCACGCUGACCGCAGUGGCCCUCAUUCUCUGGCAGUGUGCCCUCCUCGUCUUCUCUUUUUAUACCGUCUCUGUCUCCAUCAAAGUCCACUUCCAGAAGCUGGAUUUCCCUGCCGUCACUAUCUGCAACAUCAACCCCUACAAGUACAGCGCUGUGAGUGACCUUCUGGCUGACUUGGAUAGUGAGACAAAACAGGCCUUGCUGUCCCUGUAUGGAGUCAAAGAUGUUCCAGAUGCUAAAGCUCAGAAACGCCGAGAAGCAAGAUCCAUGCGAUCCACUUGGGAAGGCUCACCACCCAGAUUCCUCAAUCUGAUCCCACUGCUGGUCUUCAGUGAGAAUGAGAAGGGAAAGGCCACGGACUUCUUCACUGGUCGGAAGCGGAAAAUCGAAGGGAAAAUCAUUCACAAGGCUUCCAAUGUCAUGCAUGUUCAUGAGUCAAAGAAAUUGGUGGGAUUUCAAUUGUGCUCAAAUGACACCUCUGACUGUGCCACCUACACCUUCAGCUCGGGGAUCAAUGCUAUCCAGGAGUGGUACAAGCUUCACUACAUGAAUAUCAUGGCACAGGUUCCUCCAGAGAAGAAAAUCAACAUGAGCUAUUCUGCCGAGGAACUGCUGGUGACCUGCUUCUACGAUGGGAUGUCCUGUGACGCCAGGAACUUCACGCUUUUCCACCAUCCAAUGUAUGGAAAUUGCUACACGUUCAACAACGGAGAAAACGCCACCAUCCUCAGCACCUCCAUGGGGGGCAGUGAGUAUGGACUGCAAGUCAUCUUAUACAUAAACGAAGAUGAAUACAACCCCUUCCUGGUGUCCUCCACGGGAGCCAAGGUGCUUAUCCAUCAGCAGAAUGAAUACCCCUUCAUCGAAGAUGUGGGGACAGAGAUUGAGACAGCAAUGUCCACCUCCAUAGGAAUGCACCUGACAGAAUCCUUCAAGCUGAGCGAACCCUACAGCCAGUGCACUGAGGACGGCAGUGACGUGCCCAUCACGAAUAUCUACAAUGCUGCCUACUCCCUCCAGAUCUGCCUUUAUUCAUGCUUCCAGACGAAGAUGGUGGAAAAAUGUGGCUGUGCCCAGUACAGCCAGCCUCUGCCUCCAGCAGCCAAUUAUUGCAACUACCAGCAACAUCCCAACUGGAUGUAUUGCUACUACCAGCUGUACCAGGCCUUUGUUCGAGAGGAGCUGGGCUGCCAAUCAGUGUGCAAGCAAGCGUGCAGCUUUAAGGAAUGGACACUGACGACCAGCUUGGCACAGUGGCCAUCUGAGGCUUCUGAGAAGUGGUUGCUGAAUGUUCUCACCUGGGACCAAGGCCAGCAAAUAAACAAAAAGCUCAACAAGACUGACCUGGCCAAGCUCCUGAUAUUCUACAAAGACCUGAACCAAAGAUCCAUCAUGGAGAGCCCAGCCAACAGUAUUGAGAUGCUCCUGUCCAACUUUGGUGGACAACUGGGUCUGUGGAUGAGCUGCUCGGUCGUCUGUGUCAUCGAAAUCAUCGAAGUCUUCUUUAUUGACUUCUUCUCUAUUAUUGCCCGCCACCAGUGGCAGAAAGCCAAGGAUUGGUGGGCCCGGAGGCGGGCAUCUCCCUCCCCUGAGACUCGCUCCAGCCAUCAGGGCCAGGAUAAUCCAGCUCUGGAUACAGACGAUGACCUGCCCACUUUCACCUCUGCUAUGCGCCUGCCUCCAGCUCCGGAGGCCAUAGUGCCUGGCACGCCACCCCCCAGAUACAAUACCUUACGCUUGGACAGUGCCUUUUCCUCCCAGCUCACGGACACUCAGUUGACCAAUGAGUCCUGAGACAGAAUCAGAGAACAGUCAUAGUCAAAGGAGACUCUCCUCCUGACACAGACAGGCCCUCCUUUCCUUGCUUUGGGCUUUUGAAACAUGACUAACAGCCUGCUGUGAACAGGACAUGGUCUGGGAACCCACAGAAGGAUCUGAUGGGCCCUGCCCCAACACUCCUAACUUCCAGGAUGAGCUAUACCCUACAACCUGGACUUGGCACUUCUGAGCGGAAGAGCCAACAGCAAUGGCCUGGGCCAACGGUGAGCUCUUCACAGGAUCCUGAGAGAAGCGUGCUUCCAGAGCCCUGAGCUCAGGAGUUCACCUGCAAUAUCCCUGGCCUAGGCUGCAGCCCAACCAUGUGAUCUUGAGUAGCAAGGCUGGCCAGCCACUGCCUGAUGCGUGUGACAAAAGAAAUUAGUACCAUCCUUGGAUCCCAACUGUUGGUCGCUGACCUAAGUCAUUGACACUGGGACAAGGUGUACUCUGUGCCCUCAGACAGACAGUUGGCCCAGGGCCUGGGAGCAUAUUUGGAGAGGGCACAGUAGAGAGAGGCCAAAGGGUGUGGCAGGAUGUCCCCACUCUGGGAGCAGGGUGGGGUAGUAGAGAAGGGCCAGUUAAAGGGCAUAGCCAGACACUCCUGCCAAAUGGUAUUCCCAUAAUCUCAACUCAAGAAUGGUAUGCUGGGAGCUGUGCUAAGCACUUACAUAAAUCACCCUAGGGCAUAACAAACACCAGCCUACAGGCCCUAUCCUUUAUUUUGUCUUUCAACUGAGAAUAUGUGUGUGUAUGAGUGUGUGUGUAUGUAUGUGUGUGAUGUAUAUGUGUGUUUAUAAUUUUUUAUGUACACAUAGCUAAUAUAUAGAUAUAUAUAUAAAAGAGAAUAUUUUGUGACUCAUGAAAAUUAUAUGAGAUUCAAAUGUUAGUGUCUAUAAAUAAAGUUUUAUUGAUACACUG